AUGUUUAGCCUUGUAACAGCGGGAACUGGUAAGGGAAUUGUAGCGAAUCUAAGAAAUAGUUGUAGCUUAUAGAUCUGAGAGCGAUUUUCAUCCAGAAUACGUAAAUUCCUUCCUUCAUAGAGCCUCAACCUUUGCACUUUUUGAUGUAAGUUGUAAUUGUCAACAGAAUUUGUGAUAUGUGAUGACAUCACUGCAAUUUUAAGGCCCUAUUUUUAGUCAAAAGCAAGCAAGGUUCUCCCCGAUCUCCCACGAGCGGAAAGUCUGCGCUACAAAGCUUGUAAAAGGGUGGUUAAAAAUGUCCUGGACAUGGCUAAAUGCGUUGUGAAACUUCUUGACAAACGGGAUAUUCUGAUCGAAUCCAAAGUUCAUGACGAAGAUAAACUGAAAGACAUAAAAAGAAACGAUGAAUGCGAUGGCCAUGACGACAAUGGGGAUGGGAGUUGGCUUCGAGCGAUAUUUUCAAUGGUCUACAGAAGUGUCAUGUGUAAAGAAAAAAGUAGUAAGCGAAAUGUAUAAGUCGUGGUUGAUGGUGAAAGGAUCUAUUCCAUUUACCUUGAUCUCAAACAAAGACAAAAAUAAAACUCUUGCUAUAUAUGGUUGCCCGUUUCAGCUGAUGCACCGACCAGAACACAGUUCACAAGGAGUCGGCCUGUCAAAAUCAGAAGACUACUUGUUUUUAAAAACCCCACAGCAACUCGUCAAGCAAUACCACAGCAAGCUAAAGAGACCAGACGAAGACGAAAGCGAGUAGUUAGUGAGUUUUCAAAGUUAUUACAGUAUACCGCCAUCUCUUUAAAUCAGAUUACCGUCGAAUAUUCAAUGUGAGCCGAGUUUGUGAUACUCCGAGCAGUGUUAAAGCCUUGAGAAACGUUCAAAAAUACUUCGAUCAGAUGAAUCAUGUAAUUAGGUACACUUACAAUGUACGGAAGGAGAACGAAAGGUAGGAUCCACUUACUUAGGCAAUCACAAUCUUGUUUUAGGUUCUUCAAAACUGCAAAUUUAACCGUUUCCUUCAAAAACAAAGCUCCCUCGGGUGACUCGCCUUAUGAGCAAAUGCAAAAAACGAUAUCAGAAAUGGAGAAUUUUGAUGACAAAGGAGUUGUCUCAAUUUUAUCGCCAAAGUUGUUUAAUGUCUUGAGGGCAUCACCGUUGGAUCCGGAUUCCAAAAAUUACUUGUCUCCAAAUAUUCUCAGCUUCCAAGACGACGGAGUCAUGCCAUUACCAAGGCUUUUUCAAGUAAAGAUUUUCUCAUUUCAAAAACGCAAACAAAAAUUUUUUUGUUUGAAAAAUGAUGACAUAUACUUGAUUUUCAGUGGAGUAAAUAUAAUUGUGAGACACAGAAAUGGGUCGAGUUACUGCUAAAUAUGACCGGCGGAGAAAAAUUAUUGGAACAACAUAUGGCCAAGUUUGGAGAGCAUAUGAAAUUUGUUGACGAUACACUUUAUCCAAGGAUAUUAGAGGUUCAAAACGUGGAGAAAAAAGUGGAAAAAGUCCAUAGUUUGACGACAGGGGAGCAAAAGAUACAUAUGGAAAAGUUUGGAUUUGUAGAAAUGAAUAAAGAUCAGCUGGAAAUGGCGUAUGGAAAGUUUGGUAUGGGUUUUAAAUUACCAUUUAAAGUUAAAAAAAAGAGCCUUCUAGUUGAUUAAUGUUUUUCAGGUAUAAAUCCACAAGACGCUCCAAAAGUUUCCAACAACACUGAUUUUGAAUUGGAAAGGGCCAUCCGCCAGCUUGCUCAAAUGAGUCCCGAAGAACUCUUGGAAAUGUCCGAAGAAAUGGAAGGCGGUAAUCACAAAGACGGUCGGUCCAAAAGACAAACUGGGCCACCUCCUCGUCGACCAUCAAUAUUCGAUUUUCGGAUUCUGAAUCCCUUUGGACUGGCAACCAGAGUCGGGAACCCAAACCUCCUUGGAAACUACAUCUUGUCGCCUUACGCAUUCUUUGCACAGAUCUUUGCUCCGUACAUGCUGGGGGUAAGUUCCACUUGAUUUAAUUUUUUAUGAUUUUCUAGAAGAUCUUGGUGAUACUUAUUUUAUUUUUAUUAAUUUUAAUACAAGUGCUUGGCAUUGUUUCCCAUUUUUCAGGUCGACGUUCUCUCGCCCCGUUUCAUGAUAGCCACCAUCUUCUCUCCUGUGGUCCUAGUCUUCCGAGUCCUUUCUCCCAGUGCCUUCCGUCUGAUGCUCUUUUCUCCUCUCAUGUUAAUUGGCUGGGUGCUUGUUCCCGAAGCUUUCCUGGCCAAGAUUUUCUCCCCCAAACUUCUGGAGACCCGUGUUUUGUCCCCCGAAUCCUUCUCCGCGAUUAUUCUGUCACCUGGGGCUGGAGUUGCUCGAAUUGCGUCGCCCAACGCGAUGAAUGUAAUCGUUUUGUCGCCCUCCUUCUUUACUUAUGGUCUCUAUUCUGGGAAUCGGUAUGUUUUGCAAGUUUUGUCGCCUGGAAUUGUCGGAAUCGAUGCUCAUCCUCUUUUUCUGCCAUUUUAG